AGCCGCUCCUGCCUCUUACCUCCUGUGCUUGUAAACCAAUUCGGAUGUCCUAGCGUCUUGGACGUUCCUAAGCUCAUACUUGUCUAUAUAUGCCAGUUAAAUGCACUCAGCUUAGUAAACUCCCCAAGACCGCGCGCAUUGCCUCCGUUGAUUUCCACGCCAAAACCCCUGGUCAUUUUGCCUUAUACAUCCCAGCUCCUCGUCACAAGCGCCUGGACCCGAACCAUCCGGCCUUCAAUGACACAGCAAAACCGAGUGUGAUAUGGGCGCCUUCUCCGACUAAAGCGUUCGGAUUGGGUGUGUUGCACAAAGGACUACUUCUCGAUUCCCAACACCUUUUCGGGAAGAACGUCGCUUUAGACGUCCCAUAUGACCGAACUACGACUCGAAUUGGUGGGAAGGAACCCGUCCCUAUUGAACCAGGCGGAAGGCUUUCUAUGUCUCUCCAGAUGCAGUCUUUGAGCAUAUUCCGGGUCCACGAGAGGGUCAAGACCUAUAGACGCUUUAAGACAGCGAUAGGGCUCAUAGUAACCCGUGGGGCUGACGGGAAAAUGGUGGACGGAAAAUGGAAUCUUGUGUUCAAUGACAAGGAGGUCAGUGAAGAUUGGAUUCUGGCUGGUUCGUUCCUCCGUGCGAUCUGCGACCUGCGAGCUUACACCGAUAUCUUAGAUUGGACCUAUUAUCUGCGCCCUACCUUGGAGAUCUACCGCAUGCCCUAUCCCGAGCUCAUCAGUCUCUUACGGCCCAUGCUUCGGAUGCUCCAGAUCCGUGCGACCGCUAUGGAGCAAAAGUGGAUGCAAAGCAAGGCCCCGAGUCGUGUAAAGAGGAACGACUUCAUGCCCAAAUCUGCCACCUCCCAAUCGUCCUCCACGCCUCAAACGCGACAAACACCGUACACGCGGCAGGAAUCGUUACACGCACUGAAAUCAUUGGGUUCCAAUCAAGAACGUCCGAUGUUCGAUCGCCGACAAACAAUGUCUGUUCGCACGGAACAGUUGCAGGGGAAAGCGAUCGUAGGAACCCGAACACAGUUUGUAUCUGAUGCUCGGCCCUCCCAGCCUAAAGCCACAGAACCCUCGCGAGAUCAUGCCGAGGCUCUAUUUCCGUCGCUGAAAAGAUUCCGUCUGGCGUCGAAAGCAGUCGUCACUCAGCACAUUCCAGAUAUCGACAAGGCUGACGUUCCACCGCCUCCCUCUCAAACCUUCGAGGGCGACCUUCCGGAGCAGCCAGACUUCAAUCCUUUUGCAAGCUUUUCCGCCUCAACCGCUAAUAAAGCGUCUCCGAGUCUCGUCGAAGCGGUUUCAGUAGCGCGUACCAAAGAGCCAGAGUCCAGCGAUGUACCACUGCACAGUGUCCAAAGCAGAGCCAGGCCAAUCUCCCAUCUCGAACCGAAGGCGUCUCCUCAUCCCAAAAAAGUGUGGCUUUCCUUCUUGCUCGAUUCGCACGGUGCAACUGAUGGUUCGUAUCAGACUCCUGGUUGGUGGAACCUCAGCCGUUCCAUCAAGUCAGAAAAUGGGGCCGAAUUCCUAAAGCCAUCCAAGGCACGGGACGACAACCCAAAUCCGGAGAAAAUUGGAGGGUUUUCGAUCAGCGAGCAGAAGAGAGGACCACAGAACGAUCUACAAGCUCGUUUAUCUCGCAUGCUCUAUCGUGACCCAGUCGUACCAGCUCGCAAGGCAAAGAAGUAA